AUCAAAGAUACGCAGACACCUAUGAUUUGGCCAUGCCCCGCGUCGUCCUCAUGGCUUCUCACGUCGGCUGGUCUCCGCGCUUUGUCUCCAUUGGAACGCGUUCUUUUCAACUCGGCCACUGCACAUUUCUACCUUUCAUCCUUCUUGUUUAUAACCCUGUUGUCUCCUCUGCGUCAGUAUGUACACACCACUCCUUUCCGCGGGCCUUGCGAAUAGAUUCGAACGUGAAAUGCAAGAACACCUCUCGACGAAAUUCCAACAUAAUAGACAACCGGAGAGCGUAGAGAUUGACGAGUGGGAGUCAGUACUCGACGCACGGGCUUCAUCAACAGUUUCUUCGUCCAGCACAACGAGCUCACACGAAUGGACGGAGAAGGAGGAGUCCCGAGGUCAGAAGACAGAACAGAACUCAAAACUAUCAUCAAACGGAGCCCUGGCAGGUUCCCACGCACUCUGGUCGUGGACGAUGGCUGUCAACGCACGCACUUGGAUUUCCCUCUGGUUCCUUCUUACUAUUCCGGUCAUUUUCUGGGAUGCUGGUUAUUGCUUCUUGCGAAAAAUCUCAUAGUCCCCGUUCCAUGAAGGGGGGAGACUUACAUUGGAUCUGGAAGCCUUAUGAGCUUUACCAAGAGGUCGACUAUGUCUACGGCACACAUGCGCUGGAACGCGGUGAUGGCUUUACUAAUGCACAAUCAUUGCUGAAUAUUGUGGAGAAUUUCAUGAACAUUGGUUAUCUAUAUCUUGCUCACAUUGUCGAGUCUCCGGUUGCACCACUACUUGGUUUUGCAAGCGCAGUCAUGACCUUGUCCAAGACUGUACUCUACUGGGCUCAGGAAUAUUAUUGCGGUGGUUGUGCAGUCGGCCAUAAUGACCUCAAGACAUUGAUUGUCUACUGGAUCAUUCCCAAUGGGCUUUGGCUUGUGGUACCGAGCUUCAUCAUUGUGCGCCUUGCAAAGGAUAUUGCUUCCUCCUUGCGCACUGCUGAUCAGGUAGCAAAGAAGGAUAAAUUGGGGAAAAGGUUGUGACAUAUAGAAGAAUAGGACUCUGAAGACAUUUGCAUGUAUGUCUAUGUAACAUAUUUAUUGGAUAUACCCUGCUUGUUGCAAAAAUAUGUGUUAACAUCUUGCUAUUUCUCAAAUAAUUGAUCCACCCGAGCUUCUGGAGAAUCUGCA